AUGUUCUUACCAGUUCAAGAAGCUGAAGAAGCAAACACACCUGGUCAUAUCAAUGCCACCAACCAAUCAACAAUCUCACAACCCAGAACCUUUAUGCAGUGGCUCCGAAUGACCAUGUUUACACUCUUUGUCCUCUUUGGCCAGUCAGCAGCUAUACUCUUGGGAAGAUUCUACUAUGACAAAGGUGGAAAGAGCAAAUGGACAGCAACACUAGUGCAAAUUGCAGGAUUCCCAAUCAUCAUUCCUUACUACUACAUCUCUCCACCCGAAAAGCCUACUACAAACAGUAUCCACAGGAAUGAGCCCUCCACCUUAAUCCUUGCUUUUAUAUAUGUCUCUUUAGGUGUACUUCAGGCAGCAAACAGCAUGAUGUAUUCAGUUGGGCUCUUGCACCUUCCAGUAUCUACUUUUGCACUUAUUUGCGCAUCCCAGUUGACCUUCAAUGCUUUCUUCUCCUUCCUUAUAAAUUCCCAGAAGUUUACUCCUUUUAUAAUCAAUUCUCUAGUCCUUCUCACCAUCUCCUCUGCCCUGCUGGUAUUUCAAACCAAUUCUACGAACCCCACCGGAAACUCUAAUGUGAGUUAUGAAAUUGGACUCUUUUGCACUGUUGGUGCAUCUGCUGGAUUCGGAUUGAUGCUUUCCCUUACAGAGCUCUCCUUCCAUAAGAUUUUAAGAAGGGAAACAUUUACAGUGAUUUUGGAAAUGAUAAUCUAUCAGUCACUGGUAGCAACUUGUGCUACACUGGUGGGGCUCUUUGCUAGCGGAGAGUGGAAAGGUCUAAAGAGAGAGAUGGACGAGUUUGAACUGGGGAAGUUUAUUUAUGUCAGUACUUUGAUUUGGACAGCUAUAGCUUGGCAGAUUUUCAAUAUUGGCGCAGUAGGCUUGAUACAUGAAGUGUCUUCCCUGUUCUCCAAUGUCAUAAGUGUGUUGGGUUUGCCUGUUAUUCCAGUUCUAGCCGUAAUCUUCUUUCAUGACAAAAUGGAUGGGGUAAAGGCGAUUUCCAUGGUGUUGGCUAUUUGGGGCUUUAUUUCAUAUUUCUAUGAGCACUACCUUGAUGAUUCUGAGGCCAAGGCUGAAAGGAGAGAUGUCAAGGAAGAAAUUUCAAUGCGUCCCCUGUUGAAAGAGGUUACUGAGGAACAAGAUGGGCUAAAGAAUAUCUAUCAAAAAGUUCCACUUUCCACAGAAACAAAUUUCCAAAAUUAUGAGCACUGAAGCUAUUCCUCUGUCUUGAUUCCUAGAAUGGUUUACAAACUCAUAUUUCCAAUCACCGUGCCAUUGUUUUUCCACAUUAAGUGUAAAUCAUGGUCUUGUUCAUUCCAUUUCCAACAAUAUUUUUCAGAUUCCAGUAACUAUAAUUGGGCCCUUUUUAUUUGU